AUGUACUGUAUCAAGACCCAAGGGAAAGCAAUAUGGAAGGUCCUAAUAAUCAAGGUAGACAGAGAGAAACGGGGCGCAGGAGUAGUGGACGCUGGCAGCAAAGAUAAGACGGACGAUGCUGACCGCAGCCUUGCGACAGAAGCUGAGCGCCCUUCAACAGAAGUCCAUCACGAUGAUAGAUCCCAGAAUGCCUCUCUUCCUAUUGAAAACCCUUUUGAUGAAGCAUUGAAGAAGCUUCAGACCCGACAACCAUGGGAAGAAGCUUACAAUGCUGUUCAAGAAAGCCAUCCGGAUUUAUUCAAUGCGUACACUCGGGCUUUACUUGAAUGGGGUGGCCAUACAGGAGAUGAGGCCCUGGACCGAAAGCAAGAAGUGCAAGCUCUUGCUCAGGAACAACUUGAAGUAGUCGGAGUUGUGCUCUCUGUUAAAGAUGUGGUCUCUUCCGCCAUUUCAGCUGAUCCCCAUACUGCGUUGGCCUGGGCUGGCGUUAUGGUGGCUCUCCCAAUGCUCGCAAACAUCCUAAAGCAGGACUCGGAUGCCAUGAGCGGAUUGGAUGACAUUUCUGCUCUGCUAGUCCGCUACCGCUAUGUGGAGGAAGACAAAUACUACGGAGCCGCCAUGACCUCAGCGACCUCGGUUGACAAGGUGAAUCUUCUUUUGCUCAUCCAAGACAAAUUCGUCGAUAUGUAUUCCCAGAUAUAUGUCUAUCAGCUCCGCCUCAUAAAGCAUUUCCAACACCAUAGAGCCGCUAGAUAUUUCGAAAACCUGAAGGACAGCCUCGGAGACGAAAACUGGAGUACAAGCCUGAAUAAGCUACAGACAACGAGGGAUAGCCUCGAUCGCGACCUGGAAUCUGUCACAAACGGCAUGGUUUUUGCGAUUGGGAGCAAAGUCGAUAACUUUUCGAAAAUGGUCGAGGACCUCAAGGAUGAGUUGAAAAACCAGACUCGUUUGCUGUCAGAGCAGAGAGAUCGAAUAUUGAGGGCAUUUAAGUUCUCUGCCAUGGCCCCAUUUGAUUCGUUCAAAAACGCUGAAGAGCCAAGGUGUCUCAAAGACACUCAAGUGGAGACGUUGGACAUGCUUCAGAAUUGGUGCCAGGGCGAUGGAAAUCCAGUGCUCUGGCUUCAUGGGAUGGCUGGAACGGGCAAGUCAACAAUUGCUCGGACUAUUGCAUGGGCGCUUCAGGACAGACAGUGGCCUGAUGGCAGCCCUGUUGAUAUUAAUAUCAGACUGGGGGGAAGCUUCUUUUUCAAUCAAUUUGAGCCGGAACGCAACAACAGCCAGUACCUUUUCCCAACCCUGACACAGUGCUUGGCGGAGUCCUUGCCGGACAUAAGGCAGUACAUUGUUGAUGCCAUUGAUCAAGAUGCGCGCAUCGAAGAGAAAGGACUUCGGGUACAAUGGGCUAGACUCAUUUCUGAGCCAUUGCAUAAGCUUACCAGUUCUUCACAGGCUCACUGGCGCUUCAUUAUGAUUGUUGAUAGCCUUGAUGAGUGUGGGGACCAAGACAAAGUUGCCACUGUAUUGAAACUCUUGGCCUCCCUAAAAGAUCUGCCAUCGGUUCGAUUUCUAGUCACCAGUCGCCCAGAAGCCCACAUUCAAUUUGCUUUUGAGAGCCUGCCACCCGAACUGUACCAUUCUCAGCCACUUCAUAAGAUCUCAUCCAAGAGUUAUGACAUCACUCGCUUUCUUGAAGCAGACUUAAAGAGAAUCUGUGAAAAAUACAAAUCCGCGAUACCAGAGGGCUGGCCAGGUCAAGUGAACAUCGAGAAGCUGAAGGAGAAGUCAGAUGGACUUUUUGUGUAUGCUUCAACAUGUUGCCGGUUUUUGGAAGAUCCAUACCACUAUUCCUCUCGACUGGAUCAGAUUCUCAAAAACGAUAGCGAAGCCGAAACGCCCCAGGCGAAGUUAGACGAGAUGUAUAUCAAGAUCAUAGAGAUGUCUCUGAAUGCGAGAACCAAGAAAGAGCGGGAAAUCAUGAUCGAAGACUUCCGACUGAUUGUUGGGACUAUCAUGGUAACAUUCAAGCCAGCCUCAGCUUCCACUUUAGAAGCACUUUUGUUCUCUUCAUGCUCGAGGGAUAAGCGUGUCCAAAGAUGUGUUGAGCCACUCAAAUCUCUUUUGGAUGUUCGGACAGCAAAUGAUCCAAUCCGUCCAGUUCAUCCUUCUUUGCGCGACCUUUUGUUGAGUCGUGAGCGCUGCAAAAGCACCCCAGAGCUUUACAUCAAUCCUCAACAGCUGCACUUGAUCUUGUUCGAAAGAUGUAUGGAAACAAUGAAGAGCCUCAAGCAAGAUCUUUGUGACUUGGUGCUUCCUGGAUCAUCGCCAUCAGAUGUUCCCUCGGAGAAACUGGAAACUUUCCUACCAGCUGCAUUGUGCUACGCGUGUCGCUAUUGGAUCGAUCAUUUGAUGCAGCUGGGCAGUGAUGAGCAAAGCGAGUUGCUGAAUGAUAACGGGGGUAUUGUUGAAUGCUUUCUUCGACAAAAGCUUCUCUUCUGGUUCGAAGCCUUGAGCUUCAUGGGUGAGCUUGAAGUUGGUGUUUUUCAACUCAGUGCUCUCCAGGACCUUGCUAGAGACUCUCAUUACUUUCCGCUUGUCAGAGAUGCGAGGAGAUUCCUACUUCACAAUCGGCACAUUAUUGAGCAAGCACCUUUGCAGGUCUAUUCUUCCGCUCUCGUAUUUUGUCCAAUGAAAAGUCCCAUCAAAGAGUUUUAUUCACACCUCAUACCCUCAUGGGUGACACAACAACCUGUCAUGGACGAUGACUGGUCUCGGGAGCUCUUUGCCAUUGAAACCGAAGAGAGAAACACUGGCAAUAUUGUAUUCUCCCCAGAUGGAAAGACAGGUGCUUCUUCAUCUUACUGGGAUGGCAAAAAUUAUCUCAAGCUGUGGAACGCUCAAACAGGGAAGGUGAAGUAUCAAACAACAAUAGGGGGAUACUUUGGUGUUGAAUUCUCCCGAGAUGGAAGUCUAAUAGCGCAUGGGACUGAGGACGGAAGAGUCAGACUGUGGAAUCUUGAGACCGAUGAAGAGUACUUUCUGGGUGAAGUGGGUAAAAACGAAAUCAGUCGUAUUGCAUUCUCUCCAGUUAGCGACUCUCUCAUAUUUUCCAGGGCAGAUCAUUCUGUUGAAGUGUGGAACUAUGGCCAUUGUCAACAGAUUUAUGCACCUUUUACUCAAUUUCGGGAUAAUUACGAUAGCCUCGACACAUGUGCGGUUGGAUUCUUGUUCAAUGAUGAGGCUGUGGUACUCUAUUCAGGUUAUUUUGAACAUACUUGGGAGAUCUAUUUGCUUAAUGAAGCGGGCACAGAACUUGAGUGUAUUGUAGAGGGUGAGGCGCCUGCAUAUACGAGAACUAACUUCUGCGUUUCGAGGAAUGGGUGCCGAGUUCUAGUAUCAAAUCAGCAUAUGGUGAAAAUAUGGGAUGCCAAAACAGGACGUCUGAGUCCCGAACUGAUUGCUUGUGACGAAACUCAGACCGGUGAUCGUGAUAUACAUACAACGGCUUUAUCUUCCGACGGUCGCUUCUUUGCAACUUCCUCGCUGGACUAUACUGUUCGUGUCUGGGAUUCAGUUACUCAUACCCAGAUCUUUAGUUUUCGAUAUGACCAAGACGACAUCGAAACAAGUGCGCUUUCCCACGAUGGAUCACUACUAUUAGCAUUAGGCUCCUUCGAUGGUACACUCCGACUAUGGGACAUUGCAGUUGAUCGCUCCCAUACUGAGAUCACCAACCCUAAAGCCAGAAUCACUUACCCCUUUGGAAUCGAGGUCAUCACAAAUACUGAAGGUGCUACCACGAUGUUGCGGAAAGAAGACACGGGGAGUUGUCGGUUUUAUACUGAGGACUUCAAAUCUCUCCAUUUAUUGAUGCAGGGUAACUUGAUCGCACUGAUACUGAGGGCAAAGACACUCAAUAAACUUACAGCUCAUUUUUUGAGUAUGGACCUGGAAAAGCAGUCUUCCGGGUUUUACCUUGGAGAUAACCGAGACGUGAUCGUAUCGUCCUCUAACGGGGAGAAAGUGGCUGUUCUUGGUGAGGAGCAUGUAUGGGUAUUGGACGCAAAAAUGUCUGAAGAAUUAUCUAUUCCUCUACCAAAGAGAAUCUAUGAUCUUCAAUUCUCACCAGACAGUCGAUUUAUCGGUAUGAUCUUUUCGCGCGGCGUCGACAUAUGGGACCUGGAAAACAAAAAUAAGAUCACUUUGCGUACAGGACUCCCCUGCACGCCGGCCAUAGGAUUCUCACCGAAGUCUGAUGCUGUUGCCAUUUUGGUUCGGGAUCAUAGUUUCAAACCACGCUGUUGUCUACUUGAGGUUUGGCAAAUAAGCAGGCAUCCUUCUCAGCAACUAAAUGAACGUACGCCUCCUUCGAAUAAUCUUCAGACGAUUAGCUCGGUGAUCUAUUCUGCAGGUGGCAAUUAUAUUGUUAUGCAGACGCUGCAGCGUUCUGACACUGCCUCGCAUAACUCGUUACGCGGUACACUUGUUCUAGUUACGUACAAUCUAGCAACAGGAUUGAUUCAGAACAUACCAUGUACGGUAGGACGAUUUGUUUCUCACGGUCCAAUGGCGGCCUGGUCAGAUUUGAUUGCUAUAGCACUAAUUUUAUCAACGGAGAAGCCCGUCAUUGCCGUCAUAGAUUGCAACACUGGAGAACGGAUUUGCACAUUUGACACUUCAGUGUUCCAUAAAGGCUUAGUUCUCGAAGAAAUGUCAUUCUCAAGUGACGGUCGGUAUCUCAAUCUCGAUCGAGGACAAAUCCUUAUCCCAGUCGAUAAUUGUUCCCCAACAGCUGAAAUGUACUCACCAUCCAGUUUGUGGAUUGGGGAAGAGUGGAUCUUCCAAAGAGGGCGAAAGUUGCUAUGGAUCCCUCCUGAAUUCCGGAAUCGUCGCAUGAGUGUGCAGUUUGACGCAAUUUGGGUCUAUCCGAGGUUUGGGGUUGUCGGGCCGAUUGUCUUCUUCAAACUCGAUCUUGCAAAGACCCCUUUCGCUGCUGAGGUGCCACCAGAAGGAGAAGGAUUUCGUUUUGAUGAGCAAGAGAGGGUGAUGUAUCUUCGCUAG